ACUUUGAUAAAGAAAUACGAAAAAAGACUGCAUUGUUCUUUAAAAAUAGUAUCAAAUUGUUCUCGGUUAUGCUUAUUCGUGUAAAUGUUAAGUUAAAUUUUAAAAAGGGAAAAUUUCAUUCGAUAUUUUUUGAGGACACGCCCCCAUCUGACCGACGUUCACUAUCUAUAGCUCGUGACAGCUUAAAUCAUUUGAAGACAUUUAACAAUAUGGACAUUUGAAACGUAAUAUAUUUGUUAGUCAAACAAUUUGUAAAGAAUAACAUUAUUUAAGUAAAAUGUUGUCCCGUCUACUAAAAGAACACCAGGUGAAGCAGAAUGAGCGGAAAGAACUACAAGAGAGGCGAAGACGAGAAGCCAUCGCUGCAGCCACAUGUCUGACCGAAGCGCUGGUGGACCAUUUGAAUGUUGGAGUGGCUCAGGCCUAUGUAAACCAACGUAAGCUGGACCAUGAGGUGAAGACACUCCAAGUGCAAGCAAGCCAAUUCUCCAAGCAAACUGCUCAGUGGAUCAGCAUGGUCGAGGGUUUUAAUCAGGCUUUAAAGGAAAUUGGGGACGUGGAGAACUGGGCCCGCAGUAUCGAGAUGGAUAUGAGAACGAUUGCCACGGCUCUGGAGUAUGUGCACAAAGGGCAACUUCAGUCUGCUGGCUCAUAGAUACAUUCCUGCAAAUGUGUUGAGGCUGACACUCAACUUUGAUGGGGCGAACGUUAUUUGUUGUUGCAUGUAAGAGACAGAGAGCAAACAUAUUUGUGCUGGACAUGCAUUGACACAAGCAUUUUUUAAUGCCUUAAAAUAGAUUUUUUUUUUUUUGCAAUAAAUGAUAAAUUGAUAAAUUACAAUAAUAUUACAUUGUCACAGUCAAAUAAAUGCCCUUAAGAGUCAAUUAUUUGUAUUUUUUGUGCAUCUCCUCCCUAGCUUCUUCACAUUUUUGUACCAUGACUGUCCAAGAUGAUUUUUGUCGCUGCCAUUCACAAAAGAAACAUUAUU